AUGGAUGGCCGGGAAGGGGCUUCGGGGUUGGAGGGAGUCAUCGGGCGGCACGACAGCCCCGGUCCCUCCACCUCCUCCGACCGGACCUUCCCUUGGACCCCGGGCGUGAACCCACCUGUGCCAUGGCAAGUGGACGUUGACGGGGCGAGGGAAGAAGCCAGGCGCCAGGUGGCCCAGAUGCUGCAGCGACCGGAGGAUCUCGCCCGCCUCCCAGAGCUUAAGGAGGCGGUAGCGGCGAAGCUGCAAAGGCUGGACCUGGUGAUGACCUCGCAACUCGAGGCGGCGACCGACGGGACGCGCGUCGGCCUCGACGGCCUGCAAAAGGCGCGCGGGGCGGUGCUGAGAACUCGAGACAACUUUUCCCAGAUCGAGGCGCCUUCGAAGGGGGAGAAGGCCGGCGGCCUCGCCGACAAUCACCAUCUUAUCAGGGAUCUUGCGGUGAUGCGCGCGAAUAUAUCGCGAACCAUAAGGGACGCCGAAGCGGUCGUCGCCUUGCCGGAGGAGGCAGCGAGGGCGAUCGAGUUGCUUGACGACGAUGAGCAGAACCUGUUUGAGUGCUGGGAGCGGCUCAGCGAGCUGGCUCAGCGCGCAAGACCCGCGCGGGCGGCUCUGGAGGCUGCGCGGCGAAGAGCGGAUAAUGACACGACGACGCUUUCGAUGACAGAACCUGCCGCCGCUCAAUUCGCGGCCAUUGACGAUGCGAUGGACCGCUUCGAGACGACGCUGUGGCGCUCUGUUCGCGGAUCACUCUUUGCCGGUCGAGGUGGCUCGGCGGCGCUCGCCCGCGCCAUGCGGGUGGUGGAGGAGCAGGAAGCGCUCGAUGAACUUCUGGUGGAAAAAGUGGAGAAAGUGCGCGAGCGCGCUGUGCGUAAAAACAAGGCGAGCGAGGAGCUGGUGGACAGCAUCAUCAUGGUCAGCAAGCACUACAAGCGGCAGGUCCUGCGUGAGAUUCGCGAGGCUGUGCCAGAAAGGUUCGAGAUGACUGUGGGGAGCUUGGUGACUGACCCAGGCGGCGAGGAGGCGACAAACGUGCCGGUCGUGAUCGAAAAUCUUGAUGUUCUCAUGCAGCAACUCACCGAGUUGUACGACUACGCGGUGCCCGCAUUCCCGACCAAGUACAAGAUAUUUGAGUUGGUCGUGGCCCCAGCGUGGCAUAAGCAGAUUUGCUUGUUCAUCGAUAGGCUCGUGGAAGUGGCGCGGGAUCUUUCCAAUGCUGAUAUCAUCGCCGUGCUCAACUGGUACCAAUCAUAUGCCGCACAGAUGGAUGCCCUUGGCGUGGAGGUUGAGACUGAACCCUCGGAGUCUGAGGUUGCAGUCGGCACUCCUGUGCAUGACAAAAAUGGGGGCUUGCAGCCUGGUGGCAAAAAUGAAAAGGGUGAAAGUCCCUCGGUGCUGUCUAUCGAGUCGUUUCUCUCCAGCACCCAUGGUGCUGUCAUGACGACUAACAAGAUCGAUAAAAUAAGUUCUGAUGAAGUGGAAUAUACCAUAUCGGACGACGAAGAGGGUGGUGAUGUGCAGAUGACUUAUCCUGUUGGAUUCUACGAGCUUGUCAACAUCUACACGUCACGGAUGACUAAAACAGUCCAGACUUGGUCUGCGAACCUACGCCGAAUGACCACCACACAACCUCUUAAACCAGCCGAAGAUGGCACUCUGUGGACUGCCAGUGACGUCGAGUUUUUCAGGCUACUCAACGAGCAACUCGAAGUUGCCAUGAGUGGAGGUAAAAUACUUGUUUCCGCUGCUGCGAUGGUGAUUUCAUCAGCUCUUUCUGGGUUCGCAUCCGAGCAAUACAAACGAUUGAGUGGUGAAGGUGUCUCUUCAACAAAUGCUGCAUUGGCAUCUCCUUCCUUCUCGAGGCACUUUAGAACGACAUCGAACGUCAUCGAGAACGCUGCUGAGAGGGCGGUGAUGACAGCUGCUAAGAACGUGGAUUACAAUGUGCUGCUCGCUGGCGUCAACGACGCGUCGAGGUGCCAUCGUCUCGCUUUGGAAAUGGAAUCAUCGCUCGUGGAUGCACUACAAUCAAGCGAUGCGAUGAAGAGACUCGUGAAGAAAGCUGGAGCUGCUGCGACCGGGAAAUCCAGCGUCGUUCGCCCAGCUAUUGAUAUGUUCCUGGCAAACACGGAGCACUGCGCUGCAGCUGCGGCCGCAGCGGUUACCAGCGACCCGAGUGUGAUAUCCUUGUUUGGCCAGAUGUACGCCGUGGAUAAGGGAGGGACUAGUCCCUGGCUCGAGGGCGAGGUCACUGAAACACUGGUCGCUACUGUGCUUGAUUACCUAGGCGAUGUUGUGCAGUUUGUCACGCGUGACCUUGCUUCAAUGGUAAACGAGGCAGUUUUCAAUCGGGUCGUGAAACACAUGAUUGAAGCAUGCAUGAAACAGCUUCAGACCAUCCGUCCAGAGACGGUGGGUCGAAUGGAGGAGGACGAAAACGCUCUAAGGGAGUGCUUUGAGGACUUUUUGCCGAGUAACCGGCUGGAUCUCGGAUUGCAGAGGCUGGCAGACGUUCGCGAUUUGGCAGCAGCAGAUGAUACUGAGUCUUUCGUGCUCGCCUACGGCCUUGUUGUGCAGUCCAUGCCGGAGCUGGGAAUCGAACCCGCGGAGCGUCUGCUCGCCGCGCGUGAAGAUAUUCCACGCGCGACUCAGCGUGAAGUUCUCGAGGAAUGUCGUGAGCUUCUUAGCAACCAAAUGGCGAUAAGGAAGUGA